AAAGCACAUGUUGAACAGAGUGUUCCGUGGCUUGGCAAAAACCAAACAGCUGUGCCAACAACUUGAGAAGCACGUCAGCAAUGCAAUCAGAACUUUCUUUUGUAGCAUGAAUACAACAGUGUUUUGAGAAAUAUUUUACUGAAGGAGUCUUCUAACCUGGCAGACAGACAAAGUGGCAGCAAUGUUCAGAUACUAACUGCAACCCAAGGUUCAAGAAAGUGACAAACUGAAGUUGGAACCCGAAGUGCAGGAUUUUAAAAGGAGUGCAAUGGCUGAACCAGAUUAUAUGGAUGAUGAAGACAGUGCAGAACUCAUUAAACCAAAGAAAUUGGUUAAUCCUGUGAAAACAUCAAAAAAUCACCAGGAACUCCACCGGGAGCUGAUAAUAAACCAGAAAAGGGGCAUCGCUCCUCAGAACAAGCCAGAGCUGCAGCGAGUGAUGGAACAGAGAAAGAGAGAUCAAGUCGUUAAACAGAAGAAAGAGGAAGAAGCUCUAAAGAAAUCAGACUUGGAGCAAGAGUUAAUGAAACGCCAGCAGAGGCUAGACCAGAUUGAGCAGGAAAGGCUGAAUGCGGAGGAGAAACGGGAGAAUGCACCUGAAUUUGUCAAGAUGAAAGAUAACCUGAGGAGGACCAAACACGAGGGCGGAGACGUGCAGGUCUCUUAGAGAAGGGCAGUGCACGUGGAACUCUGGAGUUUGUGGAGUGGUUUCAGUUUCUGCAGCCACGGAAAAUCGACACCGUGAUUAUUAUGGUUUUGCAACAAACUCCAGCAGCACAGAGCUUUUUAUUGAGCGCUCCCUUGGUCACGGCGUACUGCCCAUCUGCAGACUGAAAGGGCUCAUUUUGUGCAGGGUGAUGAGCAGAGUGAUGCUCAGUGGGGUCUCUCAUUGGGCAGGCUUGGUCUGAAUGGGAUUCUAAAGCAUUGAAAGACUGUGUGUUUUCUUCGUCCUCGGGGUAAUGAUCAGACAUUGUAAAAAACCAAACUAUUGCAACCAGUCAAGAAUGAACCAUUGACACUGACUUCACUGUGGAUGAAUUAUUUGACCCAAUUGCUAACCUAUAGAACCAGCCAACUUGAUUCAGGCAUCCAGGGACUGUUGAGGUUAAUGCAGGUGAAUGGCAGUGAAAUUGGUCAAUUUCAUCAGUGAUAAAAAACAGACAAUAAUGAUUCAAAGUCAUCCCAGAGACCACCAGCUGAUGUCGAUGACUGACUGGCUGAAGAGAAUAUCAGGCAGAAUGUAAAACCUGCUGCCCAUUUAGCUUCACCAGAUCUGCAAUGGUGUCAAACUCAAAUUUUCCAUCCUUUUUUGCUUUUUGCUGUUGCUCUGCAGGAUAUUGACAUUCCAGUGUCCACUAAAAUGAAGUCACUUGCUGCAUUCAAAUAGGAGGGAGAACAAUGUCAUGUUAAUGCAUGGAGCACAGGUUGGUUAAAAUCAGUGCUAGCAAUUUCUAAGCAAUGGUUACACGAUGAUUGGGCGCGGUGGGGUAGCAUCAAUUUUUCCAGACACAUUAGUGUCGAAUAAUGCCACACUUGUCCCCGGACCUAUCAUGGCUGCACUAGGACCUGUCCUCCUCAAAUCAGAGCCUGAACAUCCUUUCAAAGUGAGACCCUGGUGAAGAGUUUGUGGACUCUGUUUAUGAACAGAACAAUAUGCAACAAGGAUAUGUUUAUUGUGAUUUAUUUCUUUAUUGGCUAAUCCUGCAUAGAUGAUUAGAAACCUGGUUCACCAGUUAUGCUUUCCAAAUUUUGAUAAGAUUUUGAAAUUUUUAUAUUAAGUUUGCAAUGUGGUGUAACAAAUUCUAUGUAAUCUGUAAUGUUAAUGCAGUGCUUGAUAUUUUGUCAGUCUAGAGUGCAAGGUUAAGUUGAGUUUUACGAUUCUGAUCCUACCUUGUUUGUUUAUUUACAUGCCCCUACAUUACAGCAGUGGACUGUAGUGCAGUGGGAAACUGCUCUAAUGCCCUGAACGGUGAAGACUGAAAGAGUGAUGUGUCAUUUUGUGGAAACUGCUCGGAGAUUAUCAUUGCAAAAUUUGCGUGACAGAAAUCAAUGCAAAGUUCUCUCUUUCAGAACCCAGCAAAAAUGAAAUUAAUGUGUCCAUUUCUGAAUUGGAUAUGGUCAAUAUCAAAGAUCACUUAUUAUGGUCCAGAUGCCUUUGUCAUUUAGUUGACUGGUUUUAGAUAAAAUAGAAUAACUAUAGUCCACACUAACCCUCAAGUACAUCUCACCGCCACCGCCCCCCCCCCCCCCAAUCCAUCCCUGAAACCCUGCAUCACUGCCACUGACUUGGUGGGCUGAAUGGCCUUGUUUGUGAUGUUUCUACACCGAGCUCAUCGAGCAAUUAAUGGAACCGUUUCGGUUGCCAUUGGGAGUCUGUGACAUGUUCUGGGUGCAUGAUGAUCCCACUCCUUCUGCCCCUGAAACUGCCACCCACCGCACCCCCUAACCCUUCCUCCCACUCCAUUGAAAAUUCAGCCCCUUUCUCACUUCUCAAAUAGCUGUUCAUGUCCCAUCUCCCUGACAACUCAACUGAACACCUUCCAUUUUGUGAUACUCACAAGGAACACUGUGCAGGGAGGUCGACGAACCCGUUUGCAAAAUAACUUGUUUUUCUUUAGUGGUGUGAAACAAGCAAAUUUUUUUUUGUUUAAUUGACUAAAAUAAUAUUUUGAUCUUCCCAAGUCUGUCCUCUCCUCUGCAGCAGCAACAUUAUGAUAGCGUAAAAAGUGCACAAUUUCCAUUGUUUGACUUCAUCUCAAUGAGGCAAUCCGGUGAAAUGUGGUGUUUAAAUUAGUGUUACAACCGGAGUUCUUUUCAUUUGGCCUUGGAUGGAUUUUUUUCCACCGUGGGGCUUGCAUCACAGCCACACCAUAAUGGGAGAGGUGGUGCUUUUGAUGUGUUCAUGGAAAACCCCUGGCUCAGCCAGUUGUGUAAGGGAGGAAUGAUGAUACUGAGCACAAAAACCUUCUCUAAAGCUGGACUGGAAAGUUGUGGUCGCUGUGCCUGCUUCAUUCCCAGCUGGCCACAAGUUAAUUCCCAAACAGGACGUCUGCAACUGACAAAUUAAAGUGCAGGAGAAACUCUGGGACUGGCAGUUUCUGUGGAGAGAGAAAUAUUGUUAAAGCUUCAAGUCUGGCGUGUCUCUACUUCAGUCUGCUGGCUGCUCUCAGGGUUUUCAAGUCCUUUUACCCACAGGUAUUUUUUUUAGGGAUGAGGUGGGAGCCACCUUGCUAUUGGCUGUUCCUCCAUUGAGCAUAGCCCCCCCUCCCCCCAACUGCUGGGUGAAGCAUUGGGAUGAGGUCCUUAAGUGGCCUAGUCAGGAGAGCCAUCCUACAUCCGUUUUUUACGUGAAAAUGUUCCGGAACCUUCUCUAAUAUUAGCUGUUCCUCUCUUUCUUUCCCCGUCUCCUCCUCCCACCAUGAUUGACUUUUGCAGUUCUAUUUUAGCAUAUGUUUCAAGAGGAUGAGAAUACAAGAUCAGAGAUCUACUGCUGAGGCUAUGUAAGGCUCUGGUCAGACAGCAUUUAAAAUAUUUGUGAGCGGUUUUGGGCCCUGUUCCUAAGUAAGGAUGUGCUGGUGUUGGAGGGGGUCCAGAGGAGCUUGACAAGAAUGAUCCCAGGGUUGAAGGACUUGUCAUAGGAGGGUUGUUUAAGGACCCUGGGCCUGUACUCAAUGGAAUUAAGAAGGAUGAAGGGCAUCUGAUUGGAACUUACAAAAUACUGAGAGGCCUGGAUAGACUGGGCAUGGAGACAAUGUUUCCACCACUAGGAGAGACUAGGACCUGAGUGCACAGCCUUUAGAUUCGAGGGAUGUCCUUAUAGAACUGAGAUGGGGUGGAAUUUCUUCAGCCAGAGGGUGGUGAUGCUGUGGAACCUAUUGCUGUAGAGGGCUGUGCAGGCCAAGUCAUUGAGUGUCUUCAGGGCAGAGAUAGAUAGGUUCUGGAUUAGCCAAGGGAUCAAUGGGGGAAUGGUGGGAGAAUGGAGUUGAGAAACAUAUAAUCCGUGAUCAAGUGGCAGUGUAGACUUGAUAAGUCGAAAAACCUAAUUCUGCUCUUAUGUCAUUUGGUCUUACUACUUUGCUAUCAAGAUGGUUCCUCUGAAAUUUCCACUCUGUCCUUACUCUCAUAACCAUCAUGUUGUGGUUUUCUUCUCUCUCAAAUUUUCCUUGUUUUGAAAUCGGCCUAAGUUUACAUCAUCUUCUGAAACAGCUUCUCAUCUCUUGAGGAUGUAAAAACUGGUGAAACUGUUGCCUCAACUAGCUUUCUACUGAUCUGUUUGUAAAGCAAUGUUGAUAUUAAUGUAUUAUUUACACUAUUUUCCUAGCGAUCCUACUACAGACAUUCCCAUAGUUAUAUUUUGUGAAAAAGCUGCCAAACAUGAAGUUACAAAGAAUGGGGAAAUGUGAUCUAAGUUUGAAGCUGUGACUUAAGAGGGCCCAUGUGUCAUUUCAUUAAUAAACUCAAACAAAUUAUGGAACCAUAAUUGGGAGGGGGGGGGUGGGGAAUGUUUUCUGCAUAGUCCACAACUGAGGUUGUCAAUGAUGUGAUGUUACAAUCUCUCACCCCAUUUGGAAGAAGGAUGCAUCAAUGACAAGGAUCAUUACACAUCUCUGGGUAUUGGUGUCUGUAGAUUUCAUUACUGUUUCUUCCAAGCUGUGAAGAUGUGAAACAUAGAUUAGGUGUGUCACUCUCAGUCCCUAUCAUGCAAUCUGCAUUUCUCCAAGCUCAGUCUGUCUUACAAAAACAUAAAAAUUACAGAAUGCAUCUUCUGGCCACCCACAGGUAUGUAGAUGGUUUCCAUUUUCCAAUUACAGUAUACUUGAUAAAUUUCUUGUUCUGAAAGAUGAUAAAAAUGCUGAGUUUUAAUUUCAAGCAGCAACUUGCCUCACAGUUGCAGUGCUACUGAAUGCCUCAUGUAUUGACAUACGAAAAAGAUUUCAAAAUUUUUCCAUACCUUGUCUCUCUCGAAACCGAUUCAUCAAUAUUAUUCCAAGGCAAUGCAUAACCAAUUGCUGGACAAAGUUUUGUACUAGCACAAUUGUGAUAUGCCAGUAAUGCAAUGCAGGAAAUACUCAGCAGAUCAGGCAGCAUCUGGAGAGAAGGAAACAGCAUUAACAUUGCAGGCUGAUGACCUCUCAUCAGAACAUGGCUGCAGUAUUUUACUUUUAUAUAACAUCAGAGGUCUUUAUGUCGUCCGUCACCACAGAUCAGUCGAUUUCAGAAAGUCUUUUGAAAAGAAUAUUUUUGCAAACCGGGAUUCUGAUGCUCAAAACGUGUGAAAGGGCCAAGUGACAUUGUAUGUACAAUGUGCUUUAAGGUCAAUAUUAAUAAAACUAUAUGAAUCUAUUAUGAAUUCGAGACAGCUUUGAGUUAGAUGCAGCUAGUCAGUUACCUGCAGCUCAAAGGGUCUUUGGAAUUUAGUGAAUCAACAAAAUUCUGAGUUAAUUUGAUUUAAGUUGAAAACUUGACAACAAUUUCAAAUCAUUCAACGUCGAUGGCCAAGAGCUGGAAGGUAAUCAUUGAGCUGUAAGGGAUGUGCGUAUCAGUGCACAUACAAUGACUAUGUGACAGAAUCCCCUUCACUGUGGGACGAGGGACCUAGAGUGACUGGAUAAAUAUCGGAAAAUUCAUGCUUUCCGUGUUUGUUUUCAUAAAACAAUCACUGUGAUUAUCCAUCUGAAAACUGUAAAAACAUGGGGUUUCGGUAAGUUUACUUUAACAUGUGUAGUGUGUUGGUUGCUUUGACACUGACAGUUUUAGGUAUUACGUGCAAAUUAAAAAGUGAGAGCAGUGAACUUUUGUUUUGAAAUAAAAAAGAUGCUUCUUUCGCAA